AAUUGCAGGGUAUCGGCGGUCACAACAGAAUUAAUCUUCAGACUUUCAAUGUUUCUCACUUACGCAAGAAAUGUAAUAAACAGCAGAUGUUUUUCCAGCAUGCUUGAAGAUGUUUGUUCUGCUUAUAACUUUGAUUCGAAUAUAAUAUCCGCAAAAAUAAGAUACAAAGCUUGGGCUAUUCCUAUGGGAUUACAGCUUUUCAACAUGAUAAUUUGUCUCUGUAUCGCUGUGGUGACACAAUCUCUCAAAGUAACCACUGUGAUUACAAUUUCAAGUACGUCUGUAUAUGCGACUAUGAUAGCACUAUUGCUGUGUUUCAAACAAACAUACAAGAACAUCAACCGAAGACUAGAAAAAAUAAAUGUAUCUCAAAAUGGUUUGGAUGAUUCUGAGUUCACUAGAAGAAUGACAUUGCAAGGGGUGUAUUACAAAAAAAUGAAGAGCGCAGUGCAUUGCUUCAACAAGUUCUUCGGAUUCUCUAUCUUUCUCUUAUUGGGUUCCAUCAUAUUCUCAGCUCUUGGAUGGUUGAGUUUGGUCAUUUUCAGUGAUACUCCCUUUCUCGUACAUGUUACUGUCAUGCCUGUUAACGUUUUAACUAGUAUCACCAUCAUUUUUUGCUACGAUUCAGUGUUAGAAGAGGCAGAACGGAGCAUUUUUAUCAGUUUGACACUAUUUGAGAAACUCCCUUGGAAGUCGCCUAAGAGAAAAGAAGUAUCUGCAUUUAUGGAGAUAUGUAAGGAGUACGCGCCUGUGUUUACGGUUUUAGGGCUAUUUCGUAUCAACCGAACUACUAUGCUAGGUUUGGUCAAUAUUAUAAGCACUUAUUUAAUUGUUUUAAUACAAUCCAGGAAAACAUAAGAUCAAUAAAUUAUUGAGUUUUGAUAAAGGUAUGCGUCCAUAGGUCCGCAUCAAGCAGUGAGCACUUGAUGAAUUAGUUUUUGGUAGAGCGUCCAAAGCAAUCGAAUUGCUGAGGCGGUCACCAUUUGCAAUCCUAUUUUCAGUGUACCGUUUGGAUUUUCGUUUACGAUUUGCACAGAUGACACAAUGAAAAUGAACCCACGAGGACGGUGGUGUCUUCAAUGGUGACUGUUCGACAAUCUCUGUGGCGUCAUCGGCACGCAUUGGUCUAGAUUCCCCUUCAUGAAAUUCUACCAUGUUGAAUGGCCUAUGGCUGGUAGGCGAAAAUUCUAAAAGCAGUAUAGUGCGAACUGGUCGUUUCGUUAAUGUAAUAUUUUUUUUUUUAUAAUUGCUUGAU